AUGAUAGCCCGCUCUGCGGCUACGGCCAGGGUCCAGCUUACCUUUCGACGCGCCUCAAGAGUGCCAUCCGUCCAUGGUUCUCUGAUUUCGCAACGGCCCUGCGCCUCCCACGCCGCUCGUUUUGCCUCUUCCCAUCAGAGGUCUCGGCCAGCGAAGCUGUCUCAGUGGAAGGCCAGUUCAUCACCACCUCGAGCCCGGGAGGCUCGAGACGCCGGUCCUCGGGAUACGGAAUGGCUACCAACGUCCCUGCAAAAGGCCGGCAGGCUCUUGGAAGCAAAGGCUGGGAAGGGCUCCGUCGUCUUGCGAUUUGAGCAUGUCGAUCAGCCAGUGCUGCUGUCCACUCUGUGGCUGCGCGACAGCUGUCAGUGCGAUUCUUGCGCGAGCCCUUCGUCCGGACAGAAGCGCUUCGCCACGAGCCAGGUGCCUGUUUCCCCCGAGAUAAACGACGUCUCCGUGAGAGACGACGGCAGCUUGGCCAUUAGAUGGGCGAGUGACUUCAUGACUGGCGAUGCGCACACCUCGACCUACUCGUGCGAGUUCUUGUUGCGUCACCUGCAGAGGCAAAGGCCGAAAACAAAAGACGCAAGGUACUUUUGGGACCGGCAGCGCUUUGCCGACCAGUUGCGGCCGAUCUCCUUCUCCGACUGGAUGAACAGCGACGAGCACUUCUGGCGCGGCCUGACCAAUCUCUACCAGACCGGCCUGAUCAUUCUCGAGAACGUCCCCCAUUCCGAGACGGCCGUCGUGGACAUUGCGAGCCGCAUCGGGCACUUGCAGAGUACCUUUUACGGGCUGACCUGGGAUGUUGUCUCCAAACCGCAGGCCGAGAACGUCGCUUACACCAGCGAGUUUCUUGGCCUUCACCAGGAUCUCAUGUAUUACAAAGACAGCCCCAAGAUUCAGUUGCUGCAUUGCCUGCAGAACGACUGCGAUGGCGGCGAGUCUCUAUUCAGUGACGGCGCCAAGGCCGCUCUCGAAAUGGAGCUUCUCCAUCCCAACCUUCACGCUCAGCUGAUGUACUACAAGGUAUAUUACGCCUACGACCGCAACGGCCAUCUUUAUCACCGCUCGCGCCCCGUCAUCCCCAGUCACUUCUUCCAUACCCGCGAGCUGGCUUGGUCACCCCCCUUUCAGGCGCUCUUCGACCCUCCGUACCUCGAUCCGGCUCAACACGACGACCGUGCCCUCUCGACCACAUUCCACAAGUGGAGAAGGGCUGCCGGGGUAUUUGACGCCAUCAUCAACGCUCCCGAGAAUGUCUUCGAGCGCCGCUUCAAACCUGGAGACUGCGUUUUGUUUGACAAUAUGCGCAUCAUGCACGGUCGGCGUCAGUUCAACACUGCUUCCGGGCACCGAUGGCUCAAGGGCGCCUACGUCAGCAAAGAGGAGUUUGUGAGUAGGACGAUGCAGAUCCCUGCAGAGUUUGACCCUCCCUUACCUGCGAGCUACAAGCUGCCGGAGAGCGACUGGGCGCAGGUGCGUGGUCUUUUAGGUUCGUCUACUGUGACGGAUCAGAGGCGUAGCAGGAGCGAUCAGCAAAAGACACGAGGUUGA